UUGAUUGAAAUAACAAAAGAAAGAAGUUCCAAAACCCUAAAAAGAAAAGAAGGAAAUCAAUAUAAAAAAAAUCAUGCCUCGUGAAAUAAUAACACUGCAAGUAGGACAAUGCGGGAACCAGAUCGGAAUGGAAUUCUGGAAACAGCUUUGUUUGGAACACGGUAUCUCCAAAGACGGUAUCCUGGAAGAUUUCGCUACUCAGGGCGGUGACAGGAAAGAUGUGUUUUUCUAUCAAGCUGAUGAUCAACACUACAUACCACGAGCAUUGCUUAUGGAUUUGGAGCCCAGAGUCAUCAAUGGAAUCCAAACUGGUGAAUACAGAAACCUUUAUAAUCACGAGAAUAUUUUUACAUCAAAGGAAGGAGGUGGUGCAGGAAACAAUUGGGCUAGUGGAUAUCACCAGGGUAAGAGUUUUGAGGAGGAUUUAAUGGACAUGAUAGACAGAGAGGCAGAUGGAAGUGACAGUCUUGAAGGGUUUGUUUUGUGUCAUUCCAUUGCUGGAGGAACUGGCUCAGGAAUGGGUUCAUACCUUCUGGAGACAUUAAAUGACCGCUACAGCAAAAAGCUUAUUCAGACAUACAGUGUUUUUCCUAAUCAGAAUGAGAUUAGCGAUGUGGUGGUUCAGCCGUACAACUCCCUUUUGACUCUCAAACGACUUACACUAAAUGCUGAUUGUGUUGUCGUUCUUGACAACACUGCACUUAAUAGGAUUGCCGUGGAACGCCUACAUAUACAAAAUCCUUCUGUUUCCCAGACGAACUCUUUAGUUUCGACUGUAAUGUCAGCCAGUACAACUACCCUGCGCUACCCUGGGUAUAUGAACAAUGAUUUGGUUGGCCUUCUUGCCUCUUUGAUCCCGACACCAAGGUGCCACUUUCUUAUGACAGGAUAUACUCCACUGACAGUAGAGCGCCAGGCUAAUAUGAUUCGCAAAACCACCGUACUGGAUGUGAUGAGAAGACUUCUUCAGUCAAAGAAUAUUAUGGUUUCUUCACAUGCUAAGACAAAAGAAGCUAGUCAGGCUAAAUAUAUUUCAAUAUUGAACAUUAUUCAGGGAGAAGUUGAUCCUACUCAGGUUCAUGAUAGUUUGCAGCGAAUACGUGAAAGAAAGCUUGUGAAUUUCAUUGAGUGGGGCCCUGCUAGCAUUCAGGUUGCUCUCUCAAGAAAGUCUCCAUAUGUCCAAACAGCCCACAGGGUGAGCGGGCUUAUGCUAGCAAGUUAUACUGGUAUCCGACAUCUGUUCUCCAAAUGUUUGAGUCAAUAUUCUCUCCUAAGGAAGAGACAAGCCUUUCUCGACAAGUACAGGGGCUUUCCGCUGUUUGAUGAUAAUGAUCUUUCGGAAUUUGACGAGUCCAGGGACAUAAUUGAAAGUUUGGUUGAUGAAUAUAAGGCAUGCGAAUCUCCUGAUUAUAUAAAAUGGGGAAUGGAGGAUCCUGAUCACGUCCUAACAGGGGAAGGAAGUGCCACUGGGACAGUGGAUCCUAGGGUAGCAAUGUAAACAGGCCAAGUAUGCGCUGAUUAUGUAGAAAAGGGUGUGCGCAAGAAUGGUUUUUGGUUUUCUGGUUUGCAUGGCUGUGUGGUGUGUUUCUUGAUUCAUGAGGAAAUAGGGAAUAUUGUUUAAUCGGUUAUGUUUAAUAUUAGACACUCUGAUUAUUUUGCUGAUUAGUGAAAUCGUUUUAAUCUUCUUGCAUAACUCCGAGGAAAUGUUUAGCAUCACCCAGGCUGUAUGAACCUCAGUGGUGGGAUUCUAAUCUGAUGAAAUAGCAUGUGGGCAUGAUUAUAUAUAUAAAUAUAUAAGUUUAUUUGUUAUU